AUGAUAGGAGGCAUUUUUGAAGUAAGUACCAAAGCAGUUUUGCAGGAGUCCCUGAUCCAGUCCAAACCUGGACAGUGGAAGUGUGAAGGUUUUGAUAUUUCAUUAUUUCAGACAGUACAGGCUAUGGUGUUUGCUAUUGAAGAAAUAAAUAAAGAUGACAGACUUCUUCCAAAUAUAACAAUGGGUUACAGCCUUUAUGAUAAUUGUAUGAAACUGCCUGUCGCACUGAGUGCAGCAGCAGCCUUAAUAGGUGGUCUAGAUGAAAAUAUCUUGGAUUAUUACUGUGCUGGUCUGCCUCCAGUUCUGGCCAUCAUUGGUGAUCCUGCAUCAACACAUUCAAUAGCCAUAUCAAGAAUACUCAGCCUUUUUGGCAUUCCACUGAUUAGUUAUUAUGCUACAUGUCCUUGCUUAAGCAAUAAACAAGAAUACCCAUCAUUUUUUAGAACAAUCCCAAGUGAUGCUUUCCAAGUGAUGGCAAUUCGUGACAUUCUUAGACAUUAUGGAUGGACCUGGGUUGGUGUGGUAGCAAGUGACGAUGACUACGGGCAGUAUGCAGUGAAGACUUUUAGUGAAGAAAUAAAGAAUUUUGCUUGUAUUGCUUUUACGGAAAUUAUCCCUAAAAUUAAUGAAAAUCUAAAAGUUUCUAAAAUUGCAAAUACUAUACGAGAGUCAAGUGCAAAAGUCAUUGUGGUAUUUUCAUCUGGUUCUGAUUUAAUCAGCUUGGUUAAAGAAAUUAUUCACCAAAACAUAACUGGCAAGCAAUGGAUUGCAAGUGAAGCAUGGAGCACAUCUCAUGUAUUAAUCACCAUGGACAUCUUUAAAAUCUUUGGAGGUACACUGGGCAUCUCCAUUCAUAAAGGUGAAAUCUCAGGAUUUCAGGAGUUUCUGUACAAGGUGCAUCCUGAUUUUAAUCCCAACAACAAAUUAGUACAGCAGUUCUGGGAAACAAUAUUCAAAUGUAAGUUUAAGGACAGUGUUAAUAGUACAAAUUGGUCAGACACUAAGCUAUGCACAGGAACUGAGGAUAUAAAAGCAACAGCAACUGCCUACACAGAUGUCACAGAAUUAAGAGCUUCUUAUAAUAUUUAUAAAGCUGUGCAUGCCAUAGCACAUGCCCUGCACAAUUUAAUUUCUUGUGAUACAGAAAACAGCUCAUUUAUGAAUAAAACAUGUCGUAUCACAAAUGUACAACCCUGGCAGGUUCUUCAAUAUUUGAAGAAAGUCAAUUUCACCACUCAUAUGGGAGACAGAGUGGCUUUUGAUGAAAAUGGAGAUGCCCUUGCAAUUUAUGACAUAGUGAACUGGCAAGAAAGUAUUAAUGGAACAGUAAAAAUAAAAACUGUUGGUUUAUAUGAUAGAUCUCUUCCAAUUGGCCAAGAAAUAAAUCUUAAAGAAAAUGACAUUUUUUGGAAUUUUAAUAAUCAAAAGAGUCCUGAAUCAGUAUGCAGCAGAAGCUGUCCACCUGGAACGAGAAAAGCCACACGGAAAGGACAGCCUGUUUGCUGUUUUGACUGCAUACCAUGUGCUGCAGGAGAAAUCAGUUUUGAAAUUGAUUCUCUUGAAUGCAUCAAGUGCACAUCUGAAUUCUGGCCAAAUUCUGGAAGAAAUGAAUGUGUUCUUAAAGAAAUUGAGUUUCUGUCAUAUGAAGACUCGAUGGGAAUCACAUUAACAACAACAGCCUUGUCAGGAUCCUGCUUAUCGAUUGGCGUCUUGGCAGUUUUUAUUCAUUACAGGAACACUCCGGUUGUUAAGGCCAACAAUUCUGAACUGAGUUUCCUCUUGCUGGUGUCACUGAUUCUUUGUUUUCUUUGUGCACUGUGUUUCAUAGGCCAACCUUCACAUUUAACAUGCAUGAUAAGACAUGUAUUGUUUGGAAUAAGUUUUGUUCUUUCUGUUUCUUGCAUACUUGUAAAAACAAUUGUUGUGAUAAUGGCAUUUAAAAGUACACUUCCUGGUCAUAACAGAAUGAAAUGGUUUGGUACCUCACAGCAAAGAGGCACUGUUUUCUUCUUUACUUUUAUACAGUCUUUGAUUUGCAUCAUUUGGCUAAGUAUAGCACCCCCUAUUCCUGCUAAAAACACUAAAUACCAAAAUUCAAAGAUUAUAUUUGAAUGUGACGUUGGAUCAAUAACUGGCUUUGCCUGCUUGAUGGGCUACAUUGGUCUGCUGACAUGCAUUUCAUUUUUAUUGGCUUUUCUCGCACGGAAUCUGCCAGACACUUUCAAUGAAGCCAAGUUUAUCACAUUCAGUAUGCUUAUUUUUUGUGCGGUCUGGAUAACAUUUAUUCCUGCUUAUCUUAGCACCCCUGGGAAAUAUACAGUUGCUGUUGAAAUUUUUGCAAUUUUAGCUUCAAGUUUUGGCCUGUUAUUUUCAAUAUUUGCCCCAAAAUGCUAUGUUAUUUUAAUUAGGCCAGAGUUAAAUACAAAGAAAGCCCUAAUGGGCAGAGGGGAGUCUAAAAAAUAA